AUGCGGUCAUCUCAUAUUCUCAUCCUCAUACUAUUGAGUUGGACAUUGCCGUUGGUCACUGUAGGUCUGAAUAACUCAGAUCUACAAAGGCGACAAGGCACCACAAAUGGUGCACUACCAACCCUGACUACAGACUCGCCGAGUGCCCCUACAGCUGCUUCAGCCUCGCAGAGCAGCCUUCCAGCAUCAGUCGCCGCGACGACAGAUUUGAGAUCGAGCACCGCCUCAUCCCAACCUAACACAGCGAACGCUGCUUCCAACUCAACAGUCGCAAGCCAUUCGUCCACAGCAGCAUCUGCUAAACCGACAACUGCAGCGCCUUUGACAAAUUCUACUGCUAGUUCCACAUCCAAAGCGAGUGAUGUGCUACCCCUCCAACCAAGGAUCACACCGGCAUUUGGCAUCGCUGGCGUCUUUCUUAUCCUGUUCGGUGCGGUCUAUGCUCUCAUUGGAGUCAAAAGCAGGUCGAUUCAGAUCUUCCUGUCCUGCGGCUUCUUGGCCAGCAUAGCGACUACAGCCUUAGUUGACUUUGUCAUGAGCACUCCCGUCAGCGACGCGGUACAAGGGGGUUUCUUCGUUGCCAUCUUCAUGACUGGUGCGGUGUUUGGUGGCGGAGCUCUAAUAUUUCAAGAGUUCACAGAAGGGUUUGGCUGUCUCUUGGGGGGUUUCUGCUUCAGCAUGUGGCUGCUCGUUCUCAAACCGGGUGGGCUUGUCACCAGCCCCGGCGGCAAGGGCGCAUUCAUCGGGAUUUUCAGUCUGGUGGCAUGGUCGCUUUCCUGGACAAAGUACACCAGGCCUUACGCCUUGAUCGGCUCGACAGCAUUUGGCGGCGCCACUGCUUUCGUGCUCGGACUGGACUGCUUCGUCAGGGCUGGCAUGAAAGAAUUCUGGUUCUACAUAUGGGAUCUCAAUGAUGGGCUGUUCCCACUCAACACCAGUACUUACCCACUGACUCGAGGCAUUAAAGUCGAGAUUGCGCUUAUCAUAAUUGGCACUAUUAUUGGUCUGCUCUCUCAGAUCAGAUUGUGGAAGAUCAUACGGUCCAAGCAGCGGAAAGAAGAGGCGGUGCAACAGGCAGAUUCAGAACAUAAUCAGGCUAUUGAAGCAGCAUUGGGACGACAUCUUGAACGUCAGAAUGAGCGCGAAAAGUCAGCUUGGGAGAGACAGUAUGGUGACCGACUCAACAGCAAGCGCAAUACGAUCCUAUGGCAGGAUGCUCGCGCGGACAAACGCUACUCUACAGUUUCUGUUGCUCCGAUCCAGCCUUCACACCCAUCAGCCUCUGCGGAAAAUCUGGAAAUGGAUACCUACGGCUCCCGAAAGUCUCAGUCUGGGUACGGCUCGAGGAGCAUGCGACAAAGCACUGUCACCGUGGAGGUGAUACCAGAAGCGGACGAGGAUCACGAGGAAGUGGCGUUGAAUGAACGCAACAAAGCGCUUCAAGCUCUUGAAGAUGGUCGCACCUCAGAUGAACAUAAACAUAGUGGUGAUGUGUCCAUGUCUUCCAGCAUGUUGGCCCCGCUGACCGAGAGAGAAGAGGACAGAGCUGCCUUGAGCAACUCAGAGAGGAGUGUCGAGGUCUCAAAGCCAAAGAGACAAUCUCGGAGAUCAAGUUCUGGACUUACGAAACGUUCGUCUUCGGGAUAUGUGCCGGUCGCCUCACAUUCCAAGGAUCAUCUUGUCGAUUUUGAAAGACCACAAAGCAGAGCGUCUUCAGCUGCGGCCACCUUGGACGGAGAUAACGAGAAAAUUGAUGUUAAGUUGCUCGAUGUUGAUCCAGAGAACAAGAGAGGCACACCGCCGGAGAUUAUCAUUUCGCCGGUGUCGGCUGAAGGCGCUCAGUCGCCUGCAAUCCCGUCAGGCUCAUCUACUGGUUUCCCCGGCGCAGAAAGCAGGUCAUCGGACGGUAAAGACGAAAGUCUGGGAGGCGCAUCGCAGUGUCCGGCUCCCCCGAUAGCCACUGUUGCAAGCAGUUCCGCAGCAUCAGCAGCGGACACCAAGAACCAAGAUAGAGUUCCAGAAUCCCAGGCAUCUGAAGGAACCGAUUCGACUACUGAGUCUCUUACCAGGGGGGCUUUGGCUCAAGUACCAAGCCAGAUGUCUACGGUAGUCCUGUCAUAUCGGACGAACGAAUGGGCGAAGCAUAUUACGUCUGCAGAAGCGCCUGUCUACGAUGAGCCGGAAUCGAUCGAGGGGGUCGAAGGGCAGGAGGAGGCCCCGACACACCUUGUACGAGUGGCCACUGAGUCACAGACAGAGCCUCCCGUUCCCCAAAGUGCAGCUCAGACACUGCAAACAGAGAUGGUUCCACCUUCGGUUCGUGCCAGUCAGGCCGGUGUAGGCGUCGCAUCUCAGCUUCCCACUCCCCAAAGAUCCUUCUCUGAUCAAGAACUGCGACGAAGUACGAUGAAGGCGCCCUCGCGGUCUACGUCGAUGCAAUCGCUCAAGAUCCCCAGCCAUCGAGCAAGUCGAAUUGGUUUUAAUCCUGCUGCCUCUACCUCCCUGGUGGCCAUGCCCAUUAUGGAGAACAUUCCCAGCAACUUUGGAGCACCAACGUCAGCUGGACGCCGCUCAAGCGCACCAGGCUCACCAUACCUGAUACCCACGCGUAGAACAUCUGCAACGAGUUUGGGCUCGGGCAAUCAACGACCGUACUCGACGCAAGGCACACCGCGACCGCAUAGCGGAAGUCCCCUGUACGAUGCCGCGCAGUUGCAGAGACUACAGGGUCAUCAACAACAGCACGAAAGACCUGAACGUCCAUCCGGUACGCGCAUGGACAGCUACGAGUCUCACCAGCCGGCACAGCGGGACAUCAGGAAGGAGGCACAGAAGCGGGAAUCGCUGCUCGCUGACUGGCGGUUGACGCAGCAGCAAAGUGCGUCUCGUGAUGGCCUCGAAGCUUCUGCCGCGGAGCAUGGCAGGGCACGGUUGAAAAUGCAGCUGGAAAAGCAGCGACAAUUCGAGGAGUAUCAACGCAGCGAGGAGCAACUGAAGCAGCUGGCAAUGGACCAGAUGAUGAGACGUCCUGAGAUGCUGGAUCUACACCGUGAGGCUAUGCGGAGGAUGCAAGGAAGCGCGAAUAAGAAGCUGAGAGGUUCGACGGGAUAA